UCGCCCCCUCUCCUCGGUGUGAACUGGCAGCUGCUUUUCCCCCCUUCGCAAACACACACCACACCACACACACCCCUCCCCUCUCUUUCUCUCUCUCUCUCUCUCCAUCUCUCUCUCUCUCUCUCAGUGGAUGUGUGUGCGUGUGUGAGUGUGUGUGCGUGCAGGAAGACGAAGCGGCAGGCAGGAGGAAGCACCAAGGACGUCCUUUUCCAGCCCCGAGAGCCGGAGAUGCAAGGGACGAGCAGUUAAAUUAGCCCGUGUUGCUGUUGCCACUGCAGGAUAACUUCAUCCCGGAGAGUCUUAGCGCUGCCAGCCCCGACACUAAUCCUCGUUUUCAGUGUGUGUGAGGAGGAUUUCAGCCAGUCGCCGGACAGAUCUGGCAACAAAGGACUACUACUUUUCCGUAAAAACUGAAUGUAACAUUGUUCGGAUAAGGAAGGCGAGGAAUUAAAAGCCAUCAUGAAUUUCGUUAUGAAGCAAGCGUUGGGAGGGGCCACCAAAGACAUGGGCAAGAUGCUCGGUGGGGAGGAAGAGAAGGAUCCCGAUGCAGAGAAAAAGGAGGAAGAAAGGCAAGAGGCGCUGAGGCAACAGGAGGAGGAGAGGAAGGCGAAAUAUGCAAAAAUGGAAGCGGAGAGAGAAAACAUCCGACAGGGCAUCAGGGACAAGUAUGGCAUCAAGAAGAAGGAAGAGAAGGAAGCCGAGGCAGCCGCCGCCAUGGAGCAGGCCUCCGAGGGCAGCCUCACCCGCCCCAAAAAGGCCGUUCCCACCGGCUGCGGCGACGAGGAGGAAGAGGAGGAGAGCAUCGUGGACACGGUCAUGAAAUUCCUCCCGGGCCCGCUUAUGGAUAUGUUCAAUAAAAAGUAACAGUGUUCUGGGUGAAAUAUGAUUGUUAACUUCUUACAGCAUAUAUCUAACCAAGACUAAUACCAUCCACUCCGCCCCGCCCCAAUCUGCAGUCACUCCUCUCUCCCCCCCAAAAACCGACUUCUGAGCGUCCUGGAAUUGAGCAACGUGCCAUGACUUUGUCCUUGACAUGAAAAUAUCUGAUCUAUGACGGCGGUACAUACUUUUUCAGUUUGGGCAGAGUAUCUUUUUUGAUAUUACUGCGAAUAUGACCUUAUUUUAUAAAAUUAUGUAACGCCUGCAUAGAUCCAAUACCUUCACUUCAAGACAAAUCUGACGCCAUGUUAUCAAUAAAGUCCAGGUCCAAGAAUCAGAGCAGAGUAUCACCCAUCAUCCACACUUUUUGGUUUGUAAAUAGCCUCGGGUUAAAAAAAUAAAUAAAUUACAAAAAAAGAGAGAACUAUAUGUGAGUAAAAUAUAACAUAUUAUAACAAGAUGACUAAGAGUAUAAGCCAUAUUUUUAACUUUUAAGAAAUUAUCCAAAUCAUAUCAAAAUUUGAUUGAAUUUUCCUGUUAUGUUCUUGCUAAUAUUUGAUACAUAUAGUGUAUAUAAAUACUUGCAUUUUUAUUGGUUCUCCGUUGUGAGGAUUCAUCCCAUUAACUGUCCCUCAUGUUCUCAUCGGUUUACUGUGAAUGUGUAAUAUGAGCUCUGGUUAAGUCAAAACAGCUGUAAACCAGAAAGUUAAGGAAUUCAUCAUCUGACAUUUUGAGACUUUUUUUUUUUAUUUUUCAAGCAUGCAGUUAACUUUUGUGAAGUAAAGUACGUAUACGGACCCCAUUCCAUUUGUUACAAUGAAGAGAAAUACAUUGAUAUUUGAGGCAAUAACUGGUUUUCCAUUUUUAUUUCACUGACAUCCUGGUCGCCGUGUACUGUACAGUAGGCGAUGUGUGACUUUGUGUCUGAACUGUUCUUCCACGAGGGAAACUGUACACGCUCUCGAUGAACGAAGACUGUCGCGAAGCAGUUAGGUCAAACUCCUGCCGUGCUUUCCCUGUUUGUGGUAUGAACAUUCGGUUUUAAUGUCCUGUGGCAGCUGUCGCUCGCUCUGCUUUGCUAUAGGACGUGAACCUUAGACCAGGCUAAAUCAUCGGUUGUAGACAGUUUUGUGUUUACAUUUGCAUUCAUUUUUGUAGAAAAAAAAAAAAAGAAUAUAUUUGUUUGAUUUCACAAACACAACUACGUUGUGAACACACUAUAUGUGAACAGACAGUGACAAUGGUGCAAUAUAUUGUUCGAAAUGAAGUUGUCUUGUGUCCGUUGGUUAACUAAAGGGGCUGCGGUCCCGAAUCAGCAAUAACAGACAAUCUUCAUUGUUGUGUGUUUUAACUUAUUCCUUAGUGUAUUAGUCAGUGUUAAAGGCACAGCGGUGUCUGGGUAGUAACAGUGAAGCCUUUGUAGGUCAGACAUGUUUGAUUGAAAACACUCAGAGAAAAGGGGGAAGGUGGGAUGAUUUGUUUCAUGUCGUGAAAUGUUCAGUCACUCAUUACAAAAUAAUGAGCACAUUAAAAACUGAAAUGAACUGUUAACAAAAACCAAACCAUGGCUGUUCAAAGAGGAGAGACACUUUCUGUUGAAAACGGCCCAGAGACUGGAACACAGUCUGCUAGAAGUGCAUGAGAGCAUCAUGGCGGCACAACAAAAAAAGGUCAUUUUCUUGGUCCAGCGCACUGUGGUGCAGGUUAAUCACUGGGAAGGAACCAGUUGAAAGUUGGACCGAUGAAGGUGAAAUCUAUUUUCUAUCCAUUUGCCUUGUUUUUUUUAUUUAUCUUUUCUUCCAUGGUGUCUUGUAAAAACAUUCCAGAUAUUUGAGACAUUCCACCGGACCCACGCUGGUAACAUACAAACUGUUGGGUUUUUACGUCGCUGCCUACGUUGCAAGUGCGUCAUGAUGAUUUGAUGUUGUUAUAAUCUGAAAAAUAGAUGCUAGUGUGAAUCCGACAUAUUCUAUACACAAAGAUUCAACACAUGACCAAGUUAAUGUUGAUAUAGCUCUUUUGCCUGCCAUGUACAGAAAAAAACAAAUCCCACACGAAGUUGAAGGGAAAGCGUCUAUGUGCUACUAGCGGUAAACUUUGGAGUGAAAAAGUGAUAAAAUUCUUGUGAUGAAAUCUUGCUAGAAAAUGUAACUUGUGAUCCACACGCACACCUAUAGCUGUAGGUCUAUUAAUCUUUUCCGAAACACUAAAGCUCUUUGCUACAAUGUCAUUUGCCUUUUUGUCAGGUUACUAGGUAGCUCAGUGUUAAAAAAAAAAAGGUGACUCUGAUCCUAUGGUUUCCUGUGUGGUAGACAAGGGAAAUUUAGCGUUUAUCAUCAGCCCUUAGUGAGCUUUCUAACAGUGCCGAAUAUUUUUAAAAGACAUCAAAGGACACGAUGUGGUACGGUCACAUACAGAGCACAUUUAUUGAACUGCCUGUGGUUUUAAUGUACUUGUAAACUGCCUUCUCAGCCUCUGUUCAAACAGUGUGUGAACCUUUUAGCUGAUAGCAACAACAAUAUUUAUUGAACACGCCUCUUUUCACCAGUCAUGGGCCAAUACAUCGCUCUACACUCAAAUUCAUCAUUCAUCAGACGUAGUUAUCCAAUCAAACCAAAGAAUAGUGUUGGUAGUGGUAGACUUGGAAAAGACGUUUUCUUUUUUUUAAUUUACUUACUGCAUGUCUUGUUUAUUUUGAAAUUCUCAGGUAUUCUAGCUUUAAGUUUGAAUUGUUUUACAUGACGUUAAACUGGCCUCGUGUGAUUAAACUGAACAAUUUAAUUGCUAGGGGCCCACCAAGCACACGCCACCUUUACUUUCUCAAGAACAUGUACCUUGUUUGGCCAGAUAAUAUCAUAGGAAGCUACAAUUACUGCCCGGUCAAUCCCUCUAUAGGACUUAUAGGACUUAGUUAUGAACCAUCAUGAGUGUGUGGAGUUCUUCAUGGCACCAGUGAGGUUUUUCUCCCAAACUGGUGUGCUCUGAAAUCAGUUCACCCUUUGCAUCUCAUCCAUCGACGUCAUUAUAAACACGUGUAUCAUCAGCAAACAAACGCCAGUUGAUUGCGCUAAAAUGGCUUAUCGACCACUGCCCAAGCAAACUGCCCAAGUCAUGCGUAAUCAAUAUUUUGUCGUCCAGUAUCAGUGCCACGCCAGGUAACUGUUGAUCCACUCAGCGUUGUUCAAAUUCUGUUAGAAGUCAGUCAUUUUGUGCCGCUCAUCCCGCCAUUGAUAUGAUAAAAAACUGCCUGACAAAUAAGCCACUUACAAAGAAAAAAAAAAGAUAAAAAAAAAAAAAAGAUCUUCCUUUGAUGUGAUUUGAAUGUAACUGUCUGAUGUUUCUCUCUCCUUGCAUCUGUCUUUCUCUGUUUUAUGUGUUGAGAAGAUGCUUACUCUGGUGAAGUUUUGUUUUUUGAUUUUUUUUUAUUGUCUGUAGCCAGUCCUGUUUCUGUCCUCUGGUGGUUGGUAUUUUGAGAAAAAUGUGUUAAUUUGGUGCAUUCUUUUGUAUGGCGAAAUCUUCUCACCCUUCUCCCUCUUUCUCUAUCUCCCUAUUUGUUGACAAAAUGUAUGCAUGCUUAUGGUGUGCGAUGUAGGCAAGGUUGUUGAUAAUAAUUGUUUGUGUCCUCUCUGUGUUUCAAAGCUCCACCUGUUAGCCUCACUGCAUGCCAUUUUAGACAGAUAUUUUAGUCUGUAACAUUCCUGCAAAAAUGGAAUCACCGCACACUCUGAGAAUAAAGUGAUUUCAUAUAAUU